GUAUUUCAUCAUAAACUACGAUACCCAGCUUUCUACAGACGAACCUGAAGUCCUCACUUUCCCAGCAUUCACUUGUACACGGUGUAAGAUGGCAGCAAACUCAAGCACUAACACACCUCUUUUUGACUGCCCGUCAUGGGCAGGGAAACCUCCCCCUGGACUCCAUCUAGAUGUGGUGAAGGGAGACAAGCUAGUAGAGAAGCUAAUCAUUGAUGAGAAGAAAUAUUAUCUGUUUGGGCGGAAUCCAGACGUGUGUGACUUCACCAUAGAUCACCAGUCGUGUUCUCGUGUCCACUCAGCCCUGGUCUACCACAGACACCUCAAGAGGGUUUUCCUGAUCGACCUCAACAGCACUCAUGGUACGUUUCUCGGUCAUAUCCGUCUGGAGCCCCACAAGCCCCAGCAGGUGCCCAUCGACUCCACUAUGUCGUUCGGGGCGUCCACACGGGUCUACACCCUGAGAGAGAAGCCCCAGCCCCAGACCAGCACCAUACCUGGGGGAGAGGUGAAGGCAGGGGAGGAUGAGGAGCUCAAAGGACUACUGGGUCUACCUGAGGAGGAGACCGAGCUGGAGAACCUGACAGAGUUCAACACGGCCCACAACAAGCGUAUCUCCACCCUGACCAUCGAGGAUGGAAACCUGGACAUCGUGAGGCCCAAGAGGAAGAGGAGGAGCAGCAGGGUCUCCUUCAGCGAGGAGGAGGAGGUCAUCAACCCAGAGGAUGUGGACCCGUCAGUAGGGCGCUUCAGGAACAUGGUACAGACUGCUGUUGUCCCUAUCAAGAAGAGGAAGAUGGAGGGUAACGCUACACUAGGUCUGGAGGACUCUGUGGCCAGACGCAUGCAGAACUUCCCCUUCAGUGGAGGGCUCUAUGGAGACCUCCCACCCACCAGUGGAGAGGCCGGCUCCCUCCCCACCGCGGCCCAGGCUGGAGCUACUAUCCUAGGAGGCCAGCCGCUGGUCUUCCCUAACCCUGCUCCAGAGGUGGACCUCUCCCCCACCUCAGCCUCAGCACAGCCCUCCGUCACCCUCAACCCUGCUGCUAAUCCUGCCCCUGGACCCUACACGACCGAGGUGCUCAACGAACCACGCAAGAAGAAAUACGCCAAGGAGGCGUGGCCAGGGAAGAAGCCCACGCCUUCUCUUCUGAUAUAGGUCGUAUUCAAAAUGGCACCCUAUUUCCCUUAGUGAACUACUGGCCAAAGUUAAUGCACUAUAUAAGGAAUAGUGUGCCAUUUCAAAUUUGCACAUAGCACCUCCCUGGACAAUGUAAUGGGAGGGGUUAGUAUUAGUUAGGAGAGUGGUCACAUCUCUGAACAACCAAUCAAAACUUCCUGUACUGUACAAGCUGUGACAAAGGGAUAUAUAAGCAACCCUGAUAUAGGGAGACGUUUGUAAAAAUAAUAUAUUAUUUUGGUUUGGAUGUUUUUUUGUUGUUGUUGGUCUGUCUGCUUCAAAUGUAUAUUAUUACAUGUUUUGUUUUUUAUUGCUCAUCUCACUUGUACUGACAAAGUAGUGUCUGUCUGAGCUCAGAUUAAAAUGCUAUUUAAACUAAUUUAACCUAUACACAUACGCAGACUUCUUGAAGCUUAUCAUAAGACUUACUGUAACAGAUUGGUGCAUAUGAACCAUUUGUUUUACAGUUUUAUUUAUUAUUCUAAACUAAAUGAAACACCGCUCUGUUAAAAAACAAUCUUAUAAAUGUGCUAUUCACUCUGACUUUGUGGAUAUUUGAAGUGCCGUUGGUUUCACUGAAAACCAUCUUACUGUCAAGACAGAGGGUAACGUUAACCAGACAGAGACUGCUAGACGUUUUAGUAAUCCACUCAGACAAGGCUAUGAACUGAGGGUCCAAAUUGGCUUUAAAGAAAUUAGGAAGAAACAAACCAGUUUGUGUGUGAGACAGUCGUUAUGUUUUUGCUAUUUUUAUACAAUUAUUUGACGGUUGGUUGAAAUGGAACCCAUUAUUGGCAGAUAUGUAUGAAAUUCAGUUAAGAAGAAUACAUUAAAAAAAUGUUUAAACAGUGACAUGAUGGUAAUUACAAUUAAUAUCUUUGUUUUGAUAUUUGUAUAAUAAACAGUAAUAAUCCAUA